UUGAGGAAGGUGGAUGGGGAAAGUGAUUUGAACAUUUGCAAUGUCUGAAACUGAAAUAGAUGGAAAAAACAAACGUGUGUGAAUAUAUUCUGAUGAUUACAAAAGCAUCAAACACGUUUAGGCUAUGUAUAAGUUCUUCUGAGGUUCAUGGUUCUCAUUUGGCUUACUUUAAUAUUCUCCAGGGCCAAGAAGAGAGAAUUUCACAUCACCCAGACUCCACUCUGUUAUCUGCCCUGUGUGUGGAUGGGUCUCUCACUGUGCCGUCAGCUGUGUGAUAGCAGCGCCCCCAGGAAAAGCACCCCCUCUCCCUCUUCUCUCUCUUCUAUGAUGGAUCUCUCCAUCACUCCGUCCGUGCGUCUCUCCACUCUCCUCCACUUGCCACCCAUUGCUCCUGGCAGUCCAUGCUCAUUCUGGAGUGUGUCUGAGACAUCCCCACACCUGCACGCGCGUGAUGGCGGAGCGUGUGUGUGGCGUCAGCCCGUGGAGCAGAGCAGCGACGCUGUCCGGUCCAGUGGCGGGGUUAAGGAGGGACUUCACCUGUGGGAGGUGCUCUGGGAGGCAGACCAAAGAGGAAGCCAUGCCCUCAUUGGUAUUUCCACCAGGAAGGGUCCUCGACAGGUUUCUGGUUACACCGCACUAGUCGGGGGAGACUCCCUGUCCUGGGGGUGGGAGCUCUCAUCCAAUCAGCUGUGGCAUAAAGGCAAGGAGGCAGGAAGGUAUCCUGCUGGGGCGGAGCAUCCAAUGGACAUUCCAGCGCGUGUAGUGGUGGCAGUGGAUGCGGACACAGGAACUCUGGGAUACGUGGUGGAGGGCUGUUAUCUGGGCGUGGCCUUUGCUGAUCUACCCAAAGGGGAGGAGCUUUUCCUGGCUGUCAGCUGUGUUUGGGGCGGAGCCAGUAUACAUCUGCGCUACCUUGGCGGCAUAUCUCGUGACCCUCCUGCGCUGAUGUCACUCUGCAGUUUGUCCAUUAAGCAGACUUUAGGGCGGAGCAGAGUCUCCUUGACUGACAAGCUGCCCCUCCCACCUGUUUUGCAGCGUUUACUACAGGCUCACCAGUAGCCUGUAAUACUUCCAAUUAAACAGUGUUUCAGACCUAUUUAUUUAAGCUUUAUUAAAGCUUUUUUCUUUAAAAAGGUAAACUUCCUUGAAGUUCAUUUUGAUGAGUGACAUACUGUGUAUGUAGGCUACUCAAUGCAGUGUAUGAAUCAAUGAUACA